UUAAAUUCUCCAUAAGCUACAGGAAUUAUACAAUUGUUUUGAUUGUUAAUUACAACGUUAGAAAAGUGAAUUGUGAAAACAAAGUGUUAUCUUCUUCUAUUGUCUUAUGACAUGGGUUCUGUAGUGACUAGCCCUCUCUGUGGUGACAUUAAUUACAACAAAAUUGCAGUGAAGGAAGCUGCAGGACCUAGACUCUCUGAGGAACAGCUUAAUUUAUUAGAGAAGUCAUGGGAUUCUAUCAAAGUUAACAUCGCGAAUAUUGGUGUCGUUACAUUUAUAAAUUUAUUUCAAACUCACCCAGAGGUACAAGAUGCUUUUCUGCCAUUUCAACAAUUGGCGAUGGAAGAUAUGGAACACAGUGCUGUAUUACGGUCACACGCCUUACGUGUGAUGGGUACAGUUGAUAAAUGUCUAACUCGGAUACGUACGCCGGAAAAACUUAGGAAACUAAUGCACGAAUUGGGAGAAAGACAUGUCAAUUAUAACGCCAAAUAUGAUUUCAUAGAUAUGGUGGGAAGACAGUUUGUACACGCCAUACAGCCUCAUCUUCAGGACACCUGGAAUAAAGAUCUAGAAGAGGCCUGGUCUCAGCUCUUUAGGGUCCUGUGUUAUCAUAUGAAGAGAGGAAUGGUAGACUCAAAUGCCAAUGCAGAUUGAAACAAAACAAUAGUAUGUGUACAUCGAAUGCACAGAAAACGAAUGAAAUAUUUGA